CGGGAGGCUUUCUUCGGGAAGAUGUGGAAGCCGGACGGGAAGAUCGUGCUUUUGGGGGACAUGAAUGUGGGAAAGACGUCGCUGCUGCAGAGGUACAUGGAGCGGCGUUUCGCCGACACGGUCAGCACGGUGGGCGGCGCCUUCUACCUGAAGCAGUGGCGUUCCUACAACAUCUCCAUUUGGGACACCGCAGGGCGGGAGCAGUUCCACGGCCUUGGCUCCAUGUACUGCCGGGGGGCGGCAGCUGUCAUCCUCACCUACGAUGUGAACCACCCGCAGAGCCUGGUGGAGCUGGAGGAGAGAUUCCUGGGCCUGACCGAUUCAGCCAGCAGCGACUGCCUCUUUGCCAUCGUGGGGAACAAGGUGGACCUUAGUGAGGAGGGAGCCUCGGAGAGCUGCGAGAAGGAGGGUCACAGCUCCGGACCAGGCGGUGGCCACGGCUUUGCGUCACCCAAGGCGCCCAGGCAGGUGCGGCUGGAGGAGGCAGUGGCUCUUUAUAAAAGGAUCCUGAAGUACAAGAUGCUGGAUGAGAAGGACAUGCCUGCUGCUGAGCAGAUGUGCUUCGAGACCAGCGCCAAAACUGGCCACAACGUGGACCUGCUGUUUGAAACCUUGUUCGACAUGGUGGUGCCCAUGAUCUUGCGGCAGAGAGCCCAGGGGCCGCCGCAGACCGUGGAUAUCUCCCCUUAUAAGCCGCCCAAGCGGACCAAAUCUGGGUGCUGUGCCUGACUCUCAGAGGUCCCCUGACCCCCAGUUUACACAGUUGGCAAGGAGUGUGACGAGCGAGCUGUAGUCAGGAGCAUAGAAAGUCAAGGAGUUGCUUUGUAUAAUUGCACACGGAGGAGAAGAUCCGAGUGGAAAUGACAGCUAGUUAUUAAGAGGAGGCCAAUGGGAAUCAUGGCCUCUGCCUGCAUCACUGUGUUGGGAGGUGGGAGCUGCAGGAUCAGGGUUCCUGGAGACUGUUGUCCCUAGCUGAUCCUUUUCUGAAAACCUAGCCUGUGAUUGAAGGUUGCCUUGGGGGGUGUGUGCACCUGUCUGAGCACCUGUACGACUUUUAUGUUCGUUGUUCUCAGAUGUUUCUCUUCACUGUGAUUUAUCUUUGGUCCUUUCAUUUGGAACUUGUAUCUUGAUGGCUCAUAAAGAUUCUUGACUUGUUAAUUUAUACAAAAUCAGGAAUCACUGUUUUUAUAUUGGUUGUAGAAGCGUGAACUAUACAUAUUAUUAAAGGAUCUUCAGAAGAA